AUGCGUGAUACAGCAGAUACUGUGGUACUUAGUCAAUUCUUGAGGUAUCUAUGAUGUACUUAUAUGGUUGGAUGCGCUCCGAAUAUGUUGUGAUAGAGUUCUCAAGAAAGCCCUUGUACGAAAAUGAUAAUGCAGCUUGAUCAUGAAGACAUCGUUGGAGUGCUGCCUAAAGAAAUUCGUACGUCAGAAGUGCAGUGCGAUUCAGAAGUGCUCUGUUAGUUAGUGAGUGCUCUGCCUGUUAGUUUGCUGUGCACGCGCUGUCACGAGUCAGUGUGUCAUAAGUCAGUGUCCUGAGACCACUGACACAAGUGUUCUCAGGACACUGACUUAUGACUGUCAUUCGUGUGUUCGCUCGUUCUUACAAAUCUUACAACUCGUGAAAAGUACAAAGUCGCGAUGUUGUACAAACUGACACUCGUCGUUCGAUAUAUCGGUCUUCUAAAAACUACACGGUCAGAUGAAAUAUCCUAGUAUGCCUCGUUUUUUGUGCUUGAAGAACAUAGAAUCAAUAGGUGUCAUAAGUCAGUGUCCUGAGACCACUGACACAAGGUUAUUCGUGUGUUCAAUCGUUCGGAUCGAGACCAAUCAAUAGGAUAUUAUGAGAACAAUUCUCGACUCGUUUUUAUUAGAGGACAAUCGCCGACACGACUCUUUGACCACGGUGUUUUUCUUUGGUAAGUGUACAAUUAUUUUUCAACGCAAGACUCAUCAAAUUCAUCAUCCCUUCCCAAAAAACAAAAUAGCUGGUUUUGGCAAAUUCAAUAUCUUCCGCGCUUAAUAACUACUCUUACAAUUUACAAAGUGACAAAAGUGAACGCUUUUACAUCAUCUUCUUGCACAAACAUCUGCAUACCACCAUCUUACAAGAAUUAUUCAACGAGUAUUUAAAUAUAGUUUCUCAACAAGAAUCUUCCACCUCCUAAUCUUCUUCACUUAUACUUAUUCACUUACUUCUUCUUAUUAGGACUGAACAGCAGAAAAAAUGUUGGUCAAGAAGGAUAUGGCCCCUGACUUCCCUAUGGUGGAAACGGCAAUGUCCCGCGAUACCAGUCUGAAGGAACUCACCAGUCAAUACGACGUCGUCAUCUUGGAUUUCUACACGACUUGGUGCGCCAAAUGUCCGGACGCGGCAAAGGAAAUGCAGAAAUUGGCGAAUGAUUCUUCUAUUAUGACGAGUCGUGAUUGUCGUUGUUAUCAAUUUCAAUCAGGGAAGUCGUAGGACAAUUCCGAACCGACUAACAUCAUCAUCAAUUUCAAUUGAUUACAUUCAGGAUCAUUAUAUUUUCUCUCGCUGGAGGUUCGGAGAUCGUUCGUAGUUCCUGUAUUUGUAAUACAUCCAUAAAUAUAUUGUCAUUGUUGGUUCAUCUCCAUGUACAUGUUAGUGUUGCAUCUCUCUCAAACUUCCACCACGAUGCCUGUUUCAUCUUUACUUGUUUUGUAACAGGAAACCCCUACUUUUUCUAAUUCCACUUUUUCCGGAUCCGUCAAAAGCGCUGCAUUCGUCCUCGUUAACCUAGAGAACGACUUGGAGGGAGCAGCGGAGUUCUGCGAAAAGCAUCAGAUCGAAGCGACCAGCGACAUAAGUAGUGUUACGGCUACGGAUAUGUCCAUCAAGGAAGACACUUGUCUUAUUAUCUAUUCGAACCUAGUGUAGUUCUCACUACACAUUGCUUGGUGCUCCUCCUCAUUUCUUGUACGUAUUUCUAACAUCACCAAAGGCAGCAAGGUGAUCUCUGUUGUGAUCGAUGAUGAUUUGCUUCCAUCGGAAUACGGCGUACAAGGAAUCCCGCACAAAACUGUGAUCAAAAACGGUUUCGUUGUGGCCAACGGGUCAGACGUCGAAUUGGCCAAGGCUUGUGCGGAGGCCGGUGAUGCUGUUACGGACAGUAGUCUUGUAUUCUUGUAUUUGUAAGUUUUUCUUUGUUGGAUGUAUUUAUGUUUGGGGCAAUUUGUUAAACAAAUUGCAACGUAUACCAGCUGCAAUUUUGAAAGUUCCGACCCACUUUUUUUUGAUUCUCUCACUCUCUAAUCUCCGUUCCGACACGGCUAGUACUUGCGACCUUGGAUCUGAGGAGGAAGCGGUGGAUAAAAAAGAGGAGGGCGCAUUGUUCAAGUUCGAAGAUCGAAAGCGCGCUUUGGCAGUGUCGGACGACAUCAAGAGGAAGGAAGGCGAUGAAGUUUUGUUGGCCGAAAACACACAGAGAUGGGUCAUGUUCCCAAUCAAAUACCCAGAAAUUUGGGAAAUGUACUUACUACUUCUUAUAGUAUGAGAAGAUCAUAUGACAAAUAUUUUUGUAAGGUUAAUGGUGCACUUGUUCUUGCUGUUCAGAACUAAGCUACAUUCCAUUCCAAGUAAGAGCCAAUUUCUCUGAUUUGAUUCAUCCUUAUUCUUCAUCUCUCCACCUUUAUGAUUCACCUCACUGCUAUGUUGAGAGACUCCCACCAGGUACAAGCAGCAUGAGGCUUCCUUUUGGACCGCAGAGGAGAUCGAUUUGUCACAAGACAUGACUGAUUGGGACAAGCUCAGUGCGAACGAACAGCACUUCUUGAAGCACAUCUUGGCCUUCUUCGCUGGAUCUGAUGGAAUUGUCCUUGAGAACUUGAACCUGAAUUUCGCAUCAGAGGUGCAACUGCCAGAGGCACGCGCGUUCUACGGAUUUCAAGCGGCCAUGGAAAACAUCCACAGCGAAACCUACUCGCUCUUGAUCGAUCAAUACUGCCGUAUUACUUAUAAUUUCCAGAUUUCUUCUUAGACUUUGAUUUUAUUUCAGAGAUAGUAGUUGCAGUACAACUUGUUGCUACUUGUCUGAAUCACAUCCUGUGGUGUGUGUCAAUGGACUGUUGGCAACCUUGAAUUUCGAACUGUCAGUCUGCACAACUGCCUUAAAAUGUCUACACAAUCUCAUCAACGUGUCCUCAGGUAAUGACGAAGCAGAGAAGACGAAGCUGUUCAAUGCUAUCACAACAAUUCCGGUGAUUGAGAAGAAGGCGAAGUGGGCCUCUAGUUGGAUGGAUGGCAAAUUGUGCUUCGGCAUGCGCUUAGUCGCCUUCGCAUGCGUAGAGGGCAUCUUGUUCUCCGGUUCAUUCUUAUGGAGGUCGUGCUAGAGGUUCUUUUGCAUAGAAUGAUCUUUUGCAUAGAAUGAUUUAGUAGAAGUGCUAGAGGUUCUCUCGCAUAAAGUAGUAGUAAGAAAUACUACUACUCUUAGUACAUAAUCUGGGACACUACAACUUAUAACUAUGACACAACUUCUUAAAACUAUUACUCUCCUCCUUCAUCUGUAGCCAGCUUAUCAGUCACAGCAUCCUUUUCUCAUGUUCACAUAUGCGCAGCACUCUAAUAUAGUUGAGAUGAAUCCCAAGGAUUCUUGCACACUGACUCUAAUAUUCUGCGCCAUCUACUGGUUGAAGAAGCGUGGCAUGAUGCCAGGUUUGACGUUCUCAAACGAGCUGAUCGCGCGUGACGAAGGUCUGCAUGCGGACUUCGCGUGCCUGUUGUACAACAUGCUCGAAAACCGCUUGCCAGAGGACGUUGUGCACGAGAUUGUCCGAGGCGCAGUCAGCGUAGAACGGGAGUUCAUCUGUGACGCACUCAGUUGUGACUUGAUCGGCAUGAACAAGAAGCUGAUGGGCCAGUACAUCGAGUUCGUCGCAGAUCGACUGCUUCAGGCGCUGCAAUACACAAAGAUCUUCAACUUAUGAAGAGACAACACAGAUUUUUUUAUUCGUCCGAAACUUUUUUUACUGAGCAUAUCUCAAUAAGUACGUCCAUGCUGAAAUAAAGUACCAUUCUCUACUAGUGCCAGACGUUUUUGCAACUACUCUCCGUCUCUAGGAAUCCAUGCUGUAUAACUGCACACUAUAGUACUCACCGAUUGCGGCCCUUCUCUAAUCCUCGUGAAGAACCCGUUCGACUGGAUGGAGCUUAUCUCGCUUCAGGGCAAGACCAACUUCUUCGAGAAGCGCGUCGGAGACUACCAGAAGGCUGGCGUCAUGAAGGCCGCGGAGACCACAGCAGAGGGUGGCGCAGGUGGUGAGGCACACGCCUUCUCAAUGGAUGAGGACUUCUAGGGAUGAAGAUUUCUACGGAUGAAACAUUGGUGAUUUCGGAAAAAGAGGUGUACUAGAUUACUAGAGUAUUAGAAUGCAUCUAGAGGUAAUCUAAUCGAUGAACUGAAGAACUUGGGAUAUUGUAUUCACGACAUCAGAUCGAUGAAUACUAUUUAUUUCGCUAUUUUGAACUAGAGUACGAUCAGGAUCACCGUUAUUUAUAGGGGUUUCCGACAUCCGAAUGUGAAGUUGGUUGUGGCAAGAACUUUUCGUUCUCUGCUUGCAUCGUAUAUCCGCGACGUACCAUUUUCCUGAACUGACAUCAUUAUCAAUACAACUAAACGCUUAGCAUCAACGAAGAUCAACCAUUAUGGUUAAUAUUUUUCAGUCUCAACUACGAAUCAACAGAAUAGUAACAAACUUAUUUGCCAAUUUCCAACAAUUAUUUAUGAUGAACUAGAAGGUCUUACUAUCAUCUGACGAAUGCCGCGAAUUCCAGCAAUGAAUUUAUGAAGAACUAGAAGAACGCUUAUACGAACAAGAUUCUUAUCGAUAUCAUUGUGAGUCCAAGUGUUGUAGUUUGCAUUCUGCAAGAGCAAGCUGCAAUAGUUCUUUCUGUCUCGUCGUGACUGGUUUUUCUAUUCGUGAUGCAUCAAAUCAUUAUGGAGCAAGCUUGUAGAAGCGUAUUUUCGCUGACACCUUGCGGGUCCGGUAGCUAGUAAGGUACGAAGUCAGCAAAUACGAAGAAGAGUUCGUUGCGUUAGAUCUAUAUCUGAUAGAAUUUUGUAGUUAUUGUAAAGAUGUUUAGGAGAUUUCGAUCUACAGUUAGCUUCUAAAAAGUCGGUGAUCAGGGGAGUGCUUCAAAAACACUAUGUCCUUGUGAUUCGCUUUUAUUUUUCACCUAGCAAUGUGCACCUUAUUCUUCUACUGCCUGAUGAAGGCAGAUUUAACAACAUGCCCAUUUAACAUUGACCUAAAACUAUUGUACUCGUAGUUAGUACGAAAAAGCUGGAACUUAUCAAUGAUCCACCAAUUAUCGUGUGAGGACUGCUGUACACCACUAACCCCUAAUGUUGCACACCUCUCAUGACGCUGCACAUGACUAGUAACCCGCGACUUUCUUCCAUACGAACUAGUACGUCUACCCUAUAGUUUCUCACACGCCGAACUGCGCAUCCAUUGCUGUUAUUGUUGUUGUACAAGACGGUCUUGUAGUUAAAACAACCCCCUGUAUUACUUAAAUGGUUACGCAUGCAUCGAUCCAUAAAAUAUUCGAAGCAGAAGGUGGCUGAGCAAUUCAAGUUGUCGCCGAUGCUUCAUUAUGACUUGCAACAUUUACAUUCUCUUUGGUGUUGCUGUAGUGCGUCAAACGAUUUGUACAUCACGGCACCUAGUUACCGGUACUAAUUCGUGUAGAGGCACGAAAAGUACCACGCAAAAUGGCAAUCAUGAUUUAAAUUGUGUACAGUAGCGGGACUCUGAUUAGCCACCAACAUGAUUCAAAUGAUUGUCGAGUAAAUUUUACUCGGCGCGAAAUGUAGCUGUGUCAAACGAUCUAUUUAGUCAGGUUGAUACAACAGUACCUAGGGUGAGGACGUAGCGGAGUGCGCCCGCAAUAUUAACUAGGUGGUAUGAAGGUUUUCCUUCUUUCUAGCUACACAAAGAAGAAGUAUAACGUAGUCUAAUUCGAUGUUCAACGUAAUAUCAAUCUGACUCAACGUAAAAGCCACAUGUUGCAACUGCGUUCAUCCGCCCGUUUCCACUCUUAAGCUGAAACUAGGGACCCGAGUUUCGUUACCCUGCACCAACAUCAUGACUGCAACAUCCAACCUCGUUGGUGUUGUACGAUAAUAAAUAAGAUACAACAGAAUCCUCGUCCAACCAAGAAGUCAAAGUCCUGCUUACAUUGAGGCAAAUGACGUAAUCACUAGGGGAGGGGGGGGGAAUGACUAUAUGAGGGAAAAUGGAAGUACUUAAUUCAAUCCUGACGAGGAGUUCAUAAUUUCAUCAAAUACAAGCGACUACUCGGGAAGGUGUCGAUUGUCGGGAAGACGCAAGAGGCAACGCUGACAUUGUUUGAUUUGAUUCCUCCAAAGACUGGACAUCAUCCAUAAAGAAUGAGGACAGAGCUUAAAUUUUCCGAAGAGUUGCAUCCAACGAACUAAAAAGGAAAGAAGUGCAUCUAGUUGUACUUGAAGAACUCUAUUGACGAGAAUUCACUACCUAUAUGCAUGCUGUAAUCGAUGAAGAAGUAGAUGCCACGACUGUUAGUGGUGUGGUUGUUGUACUCGUACGGGAUGAUGGGG